AUGCGUCGCCAUGGCAGGUCCAGUGGUGGACCAACCAAGGCCAUGUCGCCCUUGUCAGACACGGUUUCUCUCAUACGUUCAUUCGAUUCGGCCACGAACCCAAACCGACCUGCGCGCCCCUCGCCCUUGGCAUCCUCCAACAUCAAAGCCUUGCCGUUGGAAUUGAUAGACCGAUUGCGAUCCUUUCCACUGUUCCAGGCGACGCCGGAGUCCUUUCUGAGUGAGGUCGGACAGCACCUGCGCCCACAGCUUCACGCGCCGAACGAUUAUAUUUUGACGGAAGGUGAUGAGGCCAAGGCAAUAUAUUGGCUGGUGCGGGGUGCGGUCUCGGUAACGUCUCGGGACGGCGAGAGUAUAUACGCCGAGCUCAAGCCCGGUGCUUUCUUCGGGGAGAUUGGAUUGCUCAUGGACCGGCCUCGCACUGCAACCAUUAUCGCCCGGACCCGAUGCAUGCUGGUCGUGCUAACAAAGGACGAUUUUCGGAACAUAUUGCCCCGGUUUCCUUCGGUCGAACAGGCGAUUCGGGAGGAGGCGCAGGAGCGGUUAAUGAUUUUGGAGAAGAAGAAGAAAGAAACCUCCGCACCUGCAUUAGAAGCACCGAGCCCAGCGCGAAGGGGUUCAAAAAGGCUGCGUGAAAGUUUCUCAAAAGAUCUGGCUGUUUCAGGCGACGAGCAAGAUUUGGGUGCUAAUUCCGCGUACAAGAAGAGGAAGUCACCGAGCCCCGGCCGGCGGGAUGGCUCCAGCGCGUUGGCAAACGGAUUGGUCAACGUACGUCUUCUACUGAAAGAGCUACCACUUUUCUCCGGACUGCCUGCCGAUAUUCUUCAUUAUCUCGGCCUCAAUGCUCAACCGCGGUCUUUUCCUCCAUUUACCGACAUCAUCAAACAAGACUCCCAGGGCCGUGAGCUUUACUUUAUCGUCCGUGGCGAGGUAGAGGUUCUUGCAGAAAAGGCGGAGCCGAACCACGACAACAAACCUAAUGGGACUAUCAAACGGCCCGGGAUUGAGGUCAAAGCUAGAUUGAAGCAGGGCCAAUAUUUUGGCGAGGUUGUCAGCCUAGCUCUAGCGCCCCGGAGAACUGCUACAGUUCGCUCUGUGACAUCAGUGGAGUGUUUGAUGCUCGGAGGUGACGUUCUUCGCGAAUUCUGGGAGAAAUGCCCAAGUGGGGUGCGAGACCAAGUUGAACGCACUGCCCAGGAAAGGCUCCAGGCGGCAGCUGAUGGGGACGUUGUCAUGUCCGACGAGGCAGAAACACAACCAUCAAUGGGUGAUCUCGGGGUCGACGACCGCGUGAAAAUUACCUCAUCCCGUCGACGGUCUAUGCCACUUUUGACUCUGACUGAGACUGAACUGGAUGGGCCUCAUCAGUCCUCGUCCGUUGAAGAUCAGGACCACGCUGUGCUGCGACCUUCUGAUCCUGACCCAUAUCUCAGCAUGGGUCUAGAUAAGGUUCGGCUUCGAAGUCGACGUGGCUCUGUCGCACCGUUAGCUCCCGAAGAAAUGUCUGGGGACCAGCAACGGUCAUCUCCUGCCGAAUCACGCUCUGCUAGUUCUUCAACCCUUGCCCUUCCCGACACUCUCCGUCUCUCUAAGCCACACCAAACCGAACGGCCUCUUGUCGAUGGUACCAACGGUAUACUUCCGGAUAGUGUACUACUGGGUAUCUUCCAGUAUCUUGAGCUUCAUCACCUUCUCCAGAUGAGGGCAGUGUCGUCACACUGGUCAGAGCUCUUGACUAAAUCUGCCGACGUGAUCCGUGAUUUGGAUUUGAGUAUCUACAACCGCCGGAUCACGGAUGAUGUUCUUGUCAAGAUCAUCUGUCCCUUUGUAGGCAAUCGACCGCGGUCUGUCAAUGUCAACAAUUGCUUCCACAUCACCGAUGAGGGCUUCACAGCGUUGGCCACAACUUGUGCUCCGAAUGCUACCGUGUGGAAAAUGAAGAGCGUGUGGGAUGUCACAGCCUCUGCCAUUCUCGACAUGUCCAGCAAGGCUACUAAAAUCGAGGAGGUUGACCUGAGCAAUUGUCGCAAGGUUGGAGAUACACUCCUUGCGCGGAUCAUUGGGUGGGUAGUCCCAGCCGAUCAGAAGCCGAGCGAGAAACAAACAUCCAUCAAGCCCACAAUCCAGACAGCGGAAUCUACAGUGUUCGGCUGUCCAAAUUUGAAGAUCCUCACCCUCUCAUACUGCAAGCAUGUCACCGAUCGAUCUAUGCAUCACAUUGCAUCUCACGCCGCUGGUCGGAUUGAGGAAAUAGACCUGACUCGUUGCACCACCAUCACAGACCAAGGCUUCAAAUAUUGGGGGAAUGCUCAGUUCACCAACCUGCGGAAGCUUUGCUUGGCAGAUUGCACGUAUCUGACAGACAAUGCCAUCGUACAUCUCACCAACGCCGCGAAAAACCUGGAGGAACUUGAUCUGACAUUUUGCUGUGCAUUGUCGGAUACAGCAACGGAGGUGCUUGCCUUGCAGUGUUCAAACCUGAAAUCUCUGAACAUGGCAUUCUGCGGCUCGGCCAUCUCCGACCCUUCCCUUAGGAGCAUCGGGCUUCAUCUGCUUUCCCUCCAGCAUCUAUCCGUUCGAGGAUGUGUUCGGGUUACUGGAGUGGGUGUCGAGGCUGUAGCGGAAGGCUGUCAUCAACUUAAGGUCUUUGACGUCAGCCAAUGCAAGAACCUUGCACCCUGGCUUGAUGAAGGGGGUGCAUCUCGCUACCAGUCAAGAUUCGAGUUCAAAACUGUGGCUCGGACUAAGAAAAUUCGAUGA